AGAAAUCCUCGAAGGAAGGGCAACGCUUGGCCCAUGCACCCCUUCUUAUCUUAUCGGCAACUCUAGCCGACCAUUCCUUUUCCAUCAUACACAGCAAUAAUCAUCCAUCUUGAGCGUCUCGUAGGUAGCGGAACAAUCAUAACCGCAGUCAAUCCUUAAAAUACCCAAUCAUUAUUAUUCUUUUCUUUUAUGAUAUCGACCGUUCUGUUUAAUCAUCUUCUCUCGCGUAAAGUAGAAGUUCAGACGAUGUGAUGUCGUACAAGUCACCUUUCUCAACAUCUUCAUCAAAGCCUGGGCAUGGCUCUAUCGUCGUCGCACUCCUCCCACCGAAUACCCCAGUACUCCGGGAGGUCUCAUAUCAAUACCCAUUGAAACUGGUUGCACCCGACCCUCUAGCACUACCUUCAGAUGAAAAAACCGAAAAUGCAACGGACCCGUCACCGAGCCUCAUCCACACUGUUUUCCUCCUCACCUACGGCGGAGGCAUAGUCGCCGGAGAUGUCAUCAAUCUCUCCGUUUCCUUAGAGAGCAAGACUAGGCUUAUCCUUUUGACUCAAGGGUCAACCAAGAUCUUUAAAACCCCGGAUCCAAAUCUGGUGUCACGACAAUGUAUGAAUGUAUCACUAGCUGCACACUCUGCAUUGGUCUAUCUUCCAGAUCCCGUGCAACCAUUCGCACACACCGCGUUCUCCCAAUCACAGAUAUACAAACUCAACGAGGGAGAGGGUAAUCUCUGUGUCUGUGAUUGGGUCACGAGUGGUCGCUCCGCCCGUGGCGAGAAUUGGGACAUUCAUGAAUAUAAGAGCAGGAAUGAAGUUUGGACGGUUACCAGCGAUGAGAAGGGUGCAGCGAAGAAGAGGCUUCUGUUAAGAGAUAAUCUACUUUUGGACAAGAACGGACAUACGAAUAUGCAACUUUCGGACAGAAUGGACGGAUUCUCCGUCUUUGGCACUCUUAUCAUCCGCGGCGCUGUCUUCUCGUCACUUGCACAGUUCUUCAUGGACGAAUUCGAGGCUCUUCCCAGGAUAGGUGGAAGGGAUUGGGGAGACUCGGCCCAACAGAAAUUGAGCCCUCAAGAGGAACGUAGAGCUAAGAGGCAACAACAAGAGAAGAAAGACGGACUGGUUUGGAGUGCAGCGAAUGUACGAGGAUUUGUAUUGGUCAAAUUCGCAAGUAAAGAGGUGGAAGGCUCACGAAACUUUUUGAAGGAUAUGAUCAAGGAGGAGGGCUCGGUAUUAAGAAACUUUGGUGAGCGAGCUGUUCUCUGCUUGAAAUGAUAGAGAGGUCCAAUAUAGCCUCCUUCGUUCUACCUUCGACAUCUGGUUGAUUUAGGCCUUCGACGCAUAGCAUUCAGCAUAGACUUUUUGGGGGAUGAUA